AGAUUAAUGAGAGUAGAAGAAGAAGAGGCUAAGGCGAAAGCGAUGGUUCCAGCGCGGCGGACGCGGUACUCUUCUUUGGCAUCCGAGGCGACGCCGCUCCUCUCUCGCUCUGCCUCACUCCCUGCCGAGAUGAGCUCCUCCUCCCACGCAACCGGCGGCCGUCGCACUGUCUUCCUCGGCGUCGACGUCGGAACCGGCAGCGCCCGCGCCGGACUUUUUGAUGAGAAAGGUAGACUGAUUGGUUCGGCCAGCAGCCCAAUACAAAUAUGGAAGGAAAAAGAUUGCAUUGAGCAAUCCUCGACAGAUAUCUGGCAUGCUGUGUGUAGUGCUGUGAGAGCAGCGUGCACUCUGGCUAAUGUUGGUCCCCAAGAAGUUACUGGUCUAGGAUUUGCAGCUACCUGUUCCCUUGAUUUCGGGUGUCUUUUACAGUCGCUGUUGAUUCAGAUGGAUCCCCUGUUUCAGUUUCAUUGUCUGGUGAUGCUAGACGAAAUAUCAUUGUGUGGAUGGAUCACAGGGCUGUGAGUCAGGCUGAGCGAAUUAAUGCUUGCAAGUCAACUGUGUUGCAGUAUUGUGGUGGUUCUUUGUCACCUGAGAUGCAAGCGCCCAAGCUAUUGUGGGUAAAAGAGAAUUUGCAAGAAUCUUGGUCUUUGGUAUGUAGAUGGAUGGAUUUAAGUGACUGGUUAUCAUUCAGGGCAACAGGAGAUGACACUCGUAGUCUGUGUACAACUGUCUGCAAGUGGACAUACCUUGGUCAUGCACACCUGGAGCUUGCUAAGGAAAAGGAUACACUUAGCAUGGAGGCGUGUGGAUGGGAUGAUGAUUUUUGGGAGGAAAUUGGUCUGGGGGAUCUCUUAGAUGGGAAUCAUGGAAAAAUUGGUCGAAGUGUUGCUUUUCCUGGCUAUCCAUUGGGUUCUGGUUUGACACCAACUGCUGCAAAGGAGCUAGGCCUAUUGGCAGGGACUCCUGUUGGAACAGCACUUAUUGAUGCUCAUGCUGGUGGUGUUGGAACUAUGGAGAGUGUAUCUGAAAUAGAGUCUAAACAUCAAGUUGCUGAUGAGGAGGCAAUUUGUCAUCGAAUGGUCUUAGUUUGUGGGACAUCUACUUGCCACAUGGCUGUUUCUUGCAACAAAUUGUUUAUCCCCGGAGUCUGGGGUCCAUUUUGGUCUGCAAUGAUGCCUGGUUAUUGGCUAACUGAAGGUGGGCAAAGUGCAACUGGCGCCCUUCUCGAUCACAUAGUCGGGAACCAUCCUGCUGCUCCACUUAUUGCCAACCGGGCUGCUUCCCAAAGUGUUUCCAUUUAUGAAAUAUUGAACAAGAUUUUGGAGUCCAUGAUGCAAGAAAGAAAAGCGCCGUUUCUGUCUGCCCUGACAGAAGACAUACAUGUUCUUCCUGAUUUUCAUGGAAACAGGUCGCCCAUUGCUGACCCCAAAUCAAAAGGAAUGAUUUGUGGCUUGACCCUUGAUACGAGUGAAAAACAGUUGGCACUUCUGUACCUAGCGACAAUCCAGGGCAUAGCAUAUGGCACUCGGCACAUCGUGGAGCACUGCAAUUCUCAAGGGCACAAGAUUGAUACACUUCUUGCUUGUGGCGGUCUCUCCAAAAACCCUCUGUAUGUUCAAGAACAUGCAGAUAUCGUAGACUGCCAAAUCGUUCUUCCAAGAGAAAGUGAGACAGUGCUUCUAGGUGCUGCCAUUUUAGGUGCUGUUGCAGCCAAGAAAUACACUGGCCUUCAUGAAGCUAUGAGAGCACUAAGUGCAGCUGGUCAGGUUAUACAUGCAUCCAAGGAGGAGAAGCUGAAGAAAUACCACGAGGCGAAGUAUCGAAUCUUCAAGUCUCUUUAUGAACAGCAGCUGUUGCAGAGGUCCAUCAUGAUGCAAGCACUGCAAUGAAUGAAGCCGACAAGCUGCAGUUCCAGGUGCUCCUCCUUUCCUUUUCUUUCCUUUACUUCUGUGUAAUUGUAAAGCUGGUGAUGCAGAGUUAGCAUAAUUGUUUUUAUUUUUCUGGAAAAAGUUGAAAAUUGUUCUUCAAACUGUGUUUGAUAUUUGCAAUUUGCCUCUGGAACAAUUGAAAUCUCCAUUUUAUCA